AUGCCCCCAGAUCAUCUCACGCGGCUACUCGCUCAGCCGCAUUGCCGUCACGAUGCUUCAACUUGUCGACACGACCCGCGGCGGCAUUGCCAGCGGCGGCUUCAACGGAUCUUUGUCAUCGCGGCGCUCGUCGCGCUCCUUGCGUCGUCACCGCUGCCAGCCACGGUGCGCGCCGGCGUCAUCCAGCCGCUGCCGGGGCUCGCCACGGCCGAUGACGUGGCGCUUGCUGAGAAGGCGGCGCUGCUGUCGCUGGCGGCAGCGCUGGGCGGGCACGCGGCGUUCCGGUGGGCGGGGUGGGUGAACGCGUCGCAGGGGCUGUCGGUGCAGCAGAGCAAGCCGUGCGUGCAGUUCUGGGAGUUCCUCUCCUGCGACUCGCACGGCCGCGUCUCCAGCAUCAACAUUGCCAACCCCACUUUAGCCGUCAUCAAUGCGUCGUGGGCCAAUCAGAAGACGCCAGGUGGCUUAAAGGGGUCGAUCCCCUGGGAUUCCCUCACGGCGCUGGAGCACCUGCAGGCCGUUGAUCUGUCGGGCAACUCCAUCUCUGGCCCUCCGUUCACUGCUGCCAUCUCCAAGUUCACUGCGUUGAGAGACAUCCAGCUCGCCCGCAAUGCCCUGGAUGCGCCUCUGGUAAACGACCUCUCCGCGCUCUCCAACCUGCAGAAGCUCGACCUGAGUGGUAACCGCAUCUCCGGCGCCCUGCCCGCAGGCCUGUCCGCCCUGACAGCGCUGGAGUGCCCUUACUCAUCCAUCAUUCCUCCAUCAACCCUCCGCUAUCACCCAUCUCCCCAUCCCCUCAUCAUCACCCAUCACCUCAUCCCCUCAUCACCCAUCACUCAUCCCUCCAUCAUCCAUCACCCAUCAACCCAUCGGCCCAUCACCCCAUUGUCCAUUCCCCACCUUCCAUUCCCCAUUCCCCAUUCCCCAUUCCCCAUUCCCCACAUCCAUCACUCCAUCCCGCAAACCCAUCACCCCAUCACCCAUCCCCACCCCCAUUACCCGUCCCUCCUUCAUCCCGCAUCCCCCAUCCCACCCAUCCCCCCAUCCCACCCAUCCCCCCAUCCCACCCAUCCCCCCAUCCCACCCAUCCCCCAUCCCACCCAUCCUUCCAUCCCACCCAUCCCCCCAUCCCACCCAUUCCCCCAUCCCACCCAUUCCCCCAUCCCACCCAUUCCCCCAUUCCCCCAUCACCUCACCAGCGAGUUGGGCAGCAACGCCUUCAGCGGCCCCCUGCCCGACAGCUGGAGUGCUCUCUCCAACCUGCACCUGCUGUCAGUGCCGCCCCUCCCUCCUUCCCUGCCUCUUCUUCUGCCGCCCCAUAAGCGUCCCCGCAUCGACCUGGCCAGUGCGGGGGUGCGCACCCCGCCACCGGACUCAUGUGACCUGGCCAGUGCAGGAGUGCGCACUGCUCCUCCAGACUCAUGGGCGGCACUCGCAUCACUCGAGAUCGUCUCGCUGCACAGCAACAACCUCACUGCGCCCUUCCCCGCCUUCCUGCUGCAGCUGCCCAACAUCUCCGACAUGUGCGUCUCUGUGGUAAGGCCCUGCCCCAUUCAUCCCUGCCCUCCAUACCCAAACAUGCGCAUCCACCAUCGCAACCAUCACAUACCAGUACCAUCGCCUCGUCUCCAUCUGUCCACCACCCGCCCCUCCAAACCACCCCCCUCCCCCCUUCUCCCCUUCUCCCCCCCUUCUUCCCUUCUCCCCCCCUUCUUCCCUUCUCCCCCCCUUCUUCCCUUCUCCCCCCCUUCUUCCCUUCUCCCCCCCUUCUUCCCUUCUCCCCCCCUUCUUCCCUUCUCCCCCCCUUCCCCCCUCCCCAGCGAGGUGUCCUCCAACUACCUGGACGGGUCGGUCCCUCAGCCUCCUGGUUUUUGGGAAUCCCACCACCCUCUCCUCUCACCGCCUACCCCUCCACAUUCCCCCCCUCCACCUCCCCCCCUCCCCAGCGAGGUGUCCUCCAACUACCUGAACGGGUCGGUCCCUCAGCCUCCUGCCGGCCGCUCUGCUCAUUUCAG